AUGAAAAAUGCCGCGAUUCAGCAAGACAUUGUGAACUAUGUUGGGGAAAACCUUCAGGCCCAUCCGGUCCUGAAAAGAUACAAAGAACGCCACCGCGAGAUCCAGAAGCUCAUUUCAGAACGUUCCCAAUACGCCCGUCCAACACCUUUAUACCAGGCAUGUUUGUUAGGAAUUGCGGAGGUUGUUGCUGAACUGGUCACUCUCUACGAUGUGAAUGCACCGGGUGGGCGGUAUGGGAACGCAUUACAAGCAGCGAUAUCCCAAGGCCACACCAAUGUUGUAUACACUCUGCUAGAUGAAGCCCCCAGUUUUGAUUCUAGCGAAGAAAACUUGAAGAGUACAGAUCCUAUCGAUGUCAAUGCCCGUGGUGGAGAAUAUGGCACUUCUCUAAUUGCAGCAUCCUACAAUGGCAAGAGAGAGCUAGUAUUGAUGUUGCUACGCAAAGGGUCAAACAUUAAUGACCAGGUGGGUCGGUACGGCAAUGCAUUGACUGCAGCAUCACUCAGAGGCCACAUCAUAGUGGUGCAAGAAUUGUUAAAAAGGAAGGCUGAUUUCAAUGCUUCUACUGUCGGUGGGGAUUACGGCAAUGCCCUCAUUGCAGCAUCCAGUGCGGGCCACCUAGAAAUAGUACAGACAUUACUUCUGCUCGACAAGAACGCAAUGCAGUAUUCUGGGAGUGAAACUUUUGCAAACGCCUUCCAUGCUGCCUCAUAUAGUGGUCAUGAAAAUAUUCUGCAGGCUCUUGCAAACGCUGGAGCUGAUGUCAAUGUCGAAGAUGGUAGAUUCGGCACUGCACUCAGCAAUGCUUGCCUCCGAGGCCAUAUGCCAACAGUGCAGAGACUGAUCAAAUACGGUGCUACAGUCAAUGCUUCCUGUAGGAGAUUCGGAAAUGCACUUCAUGCUGCGUCUCUCGGGGGACACAUCGACCUGGUCAAAUAUUUGCUCGAUGACGGGGCCAACGUCAACGCUUCUGGUGGGAGAUUUGGCAACGCUCUUCAAGCCGCAUCAUUUGGCACCUAUGAUUCUAUGGCUCAAGCUGUACAACAGCUAACGAGUAACAUACUUUCAGAGGAUGCGCCGGAUUUUCUACGGGACAUAAAUGCACUAGAGCUUGCAUCCUUGGGUGCGUAUGAAUGGGAUAAAGAGACGCUUGAAGAAUUGAGCGAAAUGGUGCUAUCAAUGUUGUUCGACAAACCUUCUACUAUGGAUUCUGGAAGAAAUGAUUCAUUCCUACAUGGAUCACUUGUGGACCGUGGGCCAUUGGUACAGCUGUUGCUGGAUAAUGGUGCCCACGUGAAUUCCCCUAGUGGAGAAUAUGGCUCUGCACUUCAAGCCGCAUGUUCCCAGGGUCUUGACACAGUGGUAGAAGUACUACUAAACGCCAAGGCAGAUGUUCAGGCCUCAGGUUGA